AUGAGAUGUGCGGAAAGGAAGGGCCAUUCCCUCGAGCCGGGCGGGCGGGUGGGGCAGGGGGCCUCGGCGGGCGUCGAGAGGCGCUGGUUCGAGGCGGGGCGGGGCCGCCGGUCUCGCAGUGAAGAGGUGGAGGGCGGGGUGGCGUCGGAACCCGGAGGCAGAGCAGCACCUGCCGGGCGGACCAUCUCUGCUCCCGACGCACUUUCCCGCGGUCUCACCUCCCCGCCCAAGCAGCCACCCCCACGGGACCACUGCCCGAGCCCCAAACCCCGCGAGCCUCACGGGCUCCUCGGAGCGCCGGCCCUGUCCACGGCGGCGGGGCGUCCGGGAGGCCGACCUCGUCCCGACCGGGCCCGCUGGGCUGCCGCCUUAGACGGAGGAACCGGCCAGCUCCCUGGAACCUAUAGGCCUGAGGGUCAGUCCCAGCUCGGCGUAGGCGGGGUGCGGGGUGCUGGGGGCGGGGUGCGGGGCGCGGGGCGCCUGGCCGGGAACCGAGCCAGUCGGCAGCGAGAGACCCAGGCCGGCCCCUGGGGCGCGGAUCGCGGCGCCAGGCAAGCUGGGCCCGAGGUGCCCCCGGACCCGGUCCCCGAGGGUGCGGCUCCUUUAAUUGGCUCUCACGCGCGCAACCGGGGCAGGGAGGAAGCGCGCGUGCGCGCGCGCGCCGGAGACGGGGCCGGGCCGUGCGUGCGCGCGACGUGCGCGGUGACGCGGCCGUGGGGUUUCCCGAGGCUGCGGACAGGGGCCGCCGCGCCCAUCGAUGGCUGGAGGCGUCUGAGGGCGGACGGAGGCGGCGGCGGCGGGCGCGGGCGCGGAGUGGAGCAGCCGCCGCGGGACCGGACCGAGCCUCGCCGCGUACCUGCCGCAGCGCCCGCGGAGCGGCCCGAGCGCGACCACCUCCCGGAGCGGCGGCCGAGGCGGCCAAGGCGGCGGGGUGCGGGCGCGGCAGGCAGGACGAGCGCGGAGGUGAGCCCGGAGGCCUCCCCCCUGCCCGGCUUCGCGGCCCCGGUCGUGCUGGCCCUGCCUCGCGGCGGGACCCCCGGCACGUCUCCCCCCGCCCCCCCGCAGUCGCCCGCCCCGCCCCCACCGCUGCGGGGCCGCGUCUUCCUGCCCCGCCCGGGUGGGGUCUGCGGGGCUGGGGCGGGUGGGGGCCCCGCGGGCGUGGGCCGGGGUCGGGGCGGAGGUCCGCGGCUCGGUGUCUCAGGUCCGGGGCCCGGGUUUGGGGUCCAGGUCUGGGUAGCUGGGUCUGCGGCUCGAGUUCUGGGGUUCUGGGCUUUUAGGUCAGGGUCUGGGGUCAGCGUCCUGGGUUGGGGUCUGGGGUUCCUGUCGGCGUCUGGGGUCCUGGUCGGGGUUCGGGGACCUGGGCUCCAGGUCCAGGGCCCUAAGCCCCGGGUCCGCGUGCGGGCCCUGGCCUCCCCGGGGCUGUGCGCUGGGCCGGGGUCUGCGGCCAGGCCCCCCCCGCGCGCCCGGCCGCCGGCCCCGCUGCGAGAACAAAGGCGGCGUGUCCGGUGCUGCAGUGGGUGUGGGUGCCCGUCCUUUGCUCGGGAGGACGUCGUGUUUCAGCGCCGCGCGCUCGCGGACCCGCGACUGCUGCGCUGGGCCUGGGGCUCUCGGGGCGCGACUCCGGGCGACCCUGGGGAGGGACCCGCCGAGGGCCGGGCGUCCUCCCGCGGCCCGGGCGUGCUCCUCGGGGACCGCGGGGUCGUGGCCUCGUCUGCCCAGGGCCUCUUCGUGGACGCCGUUCCCAGCCGCGAGGAUGGGGAGCGGCGCGACGUGCGCUGUGUCGUGGGGCGGGAGCUGGGCACUGACCAGCCUCAGCCUGUGCUUUCGGUUCGGGCGGUGCGUGGGGGCUCAGGGCCGGCGGGGCGACUGUUGCCCUCGCACGGAGCCGCGGGGUUCCUAGAGGCCGAGGGCACGUUCGUUCCCGCGUCGGACGCAGUGAGCCCCAGUUCUGGGCAGAGGCGCCUCUGCGGCCCUGACGACGUAGGAGGGCAGGUCGGGGUCCCCCGAGGUGACCCGGAGGCGGCCGCGCGGUGA